AACAUGAGACUUCUCUUCUGCCUUCUGCUGGCUGUGGUCUUGAGCCUGGAGUUGGCUGCAGUCAGGGGUCUGCGCUGCCACCGGUGCAAAGGCUUCGGCAAGUGCUCCCAUGAAGCCAGCUGCCCGAGGGAUUCCUCCCACUGUGUCAUCAUUGCUACCCGGGCUCCCAUCAGCUUCACAGACCUGCCGCUGGUGACCAAGAUGUGUUACAAUGGCUGUCCUGAUGUCCCCAGCCUGGGCCUGGGUCCUCAUGUGUCCAUCGUUUGCUGCCAGUACAGUCUCUGCAACCACAACUGAUAUUUUUCCUCCACGUCCAGCUGGCUCCACACAGCCAUGUCCUCCCGGCUAGGCCUGGUCCCCGAAGACUGCUGUCCCCUGGCCAGGCCACAGCGCCUCAGACUUACUCUUGUCAGGAAGUUCUGCAGUGCAGACCUAAGACCCUUCCUGUGUGCUGUUCCCGAUCCAACAACUGCGCAAUAAAAGGUAGCCAGAUCA